AUGAGUGCUCUUGGAGCCGUGCCUUUUCAUGACAAACAAUAUUGGCAAGACAGAUUCCAAAAAGAAACUCACUUCGAAUGGCUCCUUCAAUGGCAAGAUUUAAAGCCCAUGAUAUUACCGUAUCUCAAGAAUAGCGAACCAAUCUUGCAUUUAGGUUGUGGCAAUUCCAUGUUGGCUUUCGAUCUCGCAGAUUGCGGAUUCCGCAGUGUAGUUAACAUCGAUUACGCCGCCAAUGUGGUUGCUCAAAUGCAAGAACUCGUUCGCCAAAGGCAGAAUCCAGUUUACGAUCAUCUCACAUGGCAAGAAGCCGAUUGCCUAGACGAUCUGGGAUUUUUAUUGAAGCAACAGCCACAGGGCUUUGCCGUGGUGAUAGAUAAAAGCUUGUCUGACACGAUCGCGUGUGGUGACGAUGACAACCAAACCUGUCAACAACGUUUAUCACAACAAAUCGCUUCAGUUACCAGAGUAGGAGGCGUAUGGCUAUCCAUUUCUUUUUCAGGUGAACGGAAGCAUGACUGUCUUAUACAAGGCAUCCAACUCUGGACCCACGAAAAAGUCAUUCCUAUCAGAGUGCCCCAGCCCAAUGAUAAAGCCGGUGCACCCGAUAUUUAUUACUAUCUUUAUGUCAAUCGUAGAAAGGCUUCAAAGGAUUUUGGAAAUGACGACCGAGGUACCAUAUAUUAA